AUGAGUGAUUUCCUGAAGAGUGAAGUGGACAAGGCCUUACAGAGUGAGAACGGACACCUGGACCUUUUCAUUCGAUUCCUUCUGGAUGAAGAUCAGGAGAAUCCCUCUCCAGAGAAAUCCAUCAAUCUGUUCCACUGUCUGAAUGAACUCAAUGAUCAUUCUCUAGUGCAGGAAGUACAAACAUACGUGAACAGAAGAGAUAUCAAUCGUCUCUCUGGAGUCCGUCUCUCUCCUGCUCAGUGGUCAGCUCUGGUGUUUGUGUUGCUGAACUCAGAAGAGGAGCUGGAUCAGUUUAAUCUGAGGAAAUAUGAUCCAUCACAUGAAUGUCUUCUGAGGCUGCUGCCGGUGAUCAAAGCAUCCAGAAAAGCUGAUUUGAUGGGCUGCAAUCUGACAGAGCAAAGUUGUUCAGCACUGGCCUCAGUUCUCAGCUCAAACUCCUCAAGUCUGAGAGAGCUGGAUCUCAGUAAUAAUGACCUGCAGGAUUCAGGAGUGAAGCUGCUCUCUGAUGCACUGAAGAGUCCUCACUCUACACUGGAAAUACUGAGAUUUGCAGCUUGUAGAGUCACUGGUCUGUGCUGUGAAAGUUUGUCUUCAUUUCUACAAUCAUCAAAAUCCCUGAGAGAGCUGGACCUGAGUAACAAUGACCUGCAGGAUUCAGGAGUGAAGCUGCUCUCUGAUGCACUGAAGAGUCCUCACUGUAUACUGGAAAUACUGAGAUUUGCAGCUUGUAGAUUCACUGAUCAGUGCUGUGAAAGUUUGUCUUCAUUUCUACAAUCAUCAAAAUCCCUUAGAGAGCUGGACCUGAGUAACAAUGACCUGCAGGAUUCAGGAGUGAAGCUGCUCUCUGAUGCACUGAAGAGUCCUCACUGUAUACUGGAAAUACUGAGAUUAUCUGGCUGUAUGGUUACAGAGGAAGGCUGUUGUUCUGUGGCAUCAGCUCUGAGAUCAAAUCUCUCACGCCUGAAAGAGCUGGAUCUGAGCUACAAUCACCCAGGAGAAUCAGGAGUCAAGCUGCUCUCUGAAAGACUCAACGAUCCAAACUGCACACUGGACAAACUUAAGUAUGUUGAGCUGUAAAACCCUGUUUAUACCCAUAUUAACCCCUUAAACCCAGGCCCUAAUUGGUCUUGAAUUUAUUGAAUGGUCAGUGAAUUCACUGAAACAGCACCUGUAUUUAUUCCUUUUAAAAAAUGGAAAUCCUUAACAAAUACACACAGAAGACAUAUAUUUUUAGUGUUUCAUUAGAAUGAGGACAUUUUUGUAAUCAUUACAUUUUAUAUAGAAUAUUAUUUUUACUAAUUUUAGGAAAACAAU